CGUCUUAUUUGAUCAGAAUAAUUUACCAAAAGUCUCACCAUUACUCUCCGUUGUUAGUACAUCAGUUGGUUUCAGCAAAUCGGAGGAUGAAAUUUUCAUUUGUGAUCGUUCUUCUCCUUGGUGCGAGUCUUCUUACUGAAAGUAUACAAGAAAAUUGUUUCUUCUUCAGUGCUUUCUCAGAAGAUGAUUUUAAGAGUAAUAGAACUGUAAUCAUAUACAAUGCCAUUAAAUCAGCAGAUCAAAGCGAUGACUCACAAAAUAUCAAUAUCGAUCUUUUUGAUUGCCUUUCGCUUGACCGUUUAAUAGCAUUGGGUAUAUGCAAACGAAUGGAACCAAUUGUCGGCAACUAUAUACGAACCCAUUAUUCUGCCAUUCAAUCAUUGUGUAGAGAAGAUGACAUUGUUACAGAUGAUAAAAGAAUGAGACUGAACGGUUUGGCCUCUUAUAUGAAGAAAUUUAUAUUCCAUUAUUUGGAAGUAUUGCAAGAACAUCCGAGUCAAACAUAUAUGGACUUCGAUCGAUUCAAAUGGCUGGAAGAAAUUUUACUUACGCGAGUUACACUGACAGACAAUGGUAUUGAGCGUAUUAAACCGCUUUUAGAGAAAGUACAGACAUUGAAAUUAAAUUUUCCACAUUAUUUUGACAAAACGAAAGAAUUUUUCGACAGUUUCUUACAAUUUUGCCCAAAUGUGAAGCGACUGUGCAUCCAAGCUAUUAGAUCCGAUACCAUCGUUGGCAGCGAUAAUCGUUGGUUGCUUCGAAAGUAUCCAACGCUUGAACAUUUUGAGUUAGAAAUAAUCAAUCGAUCGGAACCAAUUGCCGAGUUGAAGACAUUUUUUGAACAAAAUCUAAGCAUCAAACAUUUGGCACUGAAUGUUGAAACGAUUUUAGAAAAUUCCGAAACGAUUAAAAACAUUCAACAAAAGUUCGAUGUGUUGAGCAUUUUUUUCUGUCACACAAAUACAUUCGAAUUGGCCAGAGAUGCUUUGAAUAAAUUGUAUGGAAUGGGAAAAUUCAAGGAAUUGCAUGUGUAUUUUCAUGUUUUAUACAAUUCAAUAUUUGAUAAAACAGCCGUUGAUCAAUUGAAAUCGUACAAUGGACUUACUAAAUUAUAUGUACGUGGUCUGGAUGAUGGAGUGGAUCUAUCCCCUUUGAUAAAUUUGAAGAAAUUAUGUCUUGAUCGGGCUUCAGAUAUUGAGAAUAUGAAGGAGCUGGCUCAAACUCUCAUCAAUCUUGAAACAAUUCAAUUUAUCAGGGCCGAAUUAAGAGACAUUAUGCCGUUCAUAAAAGAGUCAGUGAAAUUGAAUAAGAUUAUCAUUUAUAACGAAAUUGAUGCAAAUACUUUCAAAUUAACUGCAUUGAACGACGCGCGAAUGAAACUGACAGGAGCGAGAAAAAUAACGAUGUAUGUCAGAGAAGACAAUUACUUGACUGCAAAAUGGUCAAAAACUGGCACCAAAUUGAAAUUCAUUGAAGUGAAACGACGAGCUUCUCUGGAACUCAAGCACGAUUUUGAUUAUAAUGAUUAUUGGGAUGAAAUAUUUUGAAUAUUUUGUUCGAAUUUUUUUCAUUUUUGUUUUUUCCAGAGUAUCCUGAUUUGCUGCUGCUCAGCAUAUAGCUG